GGCCGCAGCUGAUUGGUGGACGGUUCGGCCCCGACUGUACUCUGGACGGAAACGCGACAAAGUUUUCCGUCGAGUCUGUGGGUGAUGAGCCGCAGAGAGGAGCUGGGAAAAGGCGGAGGAGCACCGAGACACCGCGCGGACUGACGACAUUUGGUUUAGGUUUUUAUUUUGUUUGGACGUCAAAAUGUUUUCUGUGCGUCCGAACGCUUUGCUGCUGGCUCUGCUGUGCGCGGCCGCCGCCUCGGCCGCGGGCGCGAACGCCAGCGCACGAGGGAGGACCUUCAGCCUUUUUAAAAUUCCAGUCACAGAUGAACCCAUCGACCCGAGUGAAAUUCUUGGAGCUGAGGAUAUCGACAAAGUGAACCAUUCUUCAGGUGAUCGGAUGCGUGACCAGACUAACUUCGAGACGAGGAUCUCGGAGGAGGCUCGGCUCUUCCUCACGGGGCAAAUGUCCACCAUCCUCAUCCCUUCCUUCUACACGCUGGUCUGCCUCAUCAGCGUGCCGAUCAACAUCUGUGCGGUGGUGGCCUUCGGUCUGAGGAUCCGGCCGAAGAAGGCGACAGCCAUCUACAUGCUGAACCUGGCCUGUGCUGACCUCGUCUUUGCUGCGCUGCUGCCCCUCAAGAUCGCCUACCACUUUGGCGGCAACAACUGGAAGUUCGGCGCGUUCAUGUGCCGAGUGGUCACCGCGGCCUUUUACUGGAACAUGUACUGCUCUGUCCUCCUCAUAGCCUCCAUCAGUGUGGACCGGUUUCUCGCUGUCGUCUACCCCAUCGACUCCCUGGCUUGGAGGCAGCCGCGGAGAGCCGUGAUAACCUGUGCGGCCAUGUGGGUACUGUCCUUCGCUGGUUCGGUGCCCCUCGUCUUCUCCGAACAGACUGUUCGACUGAGCGAGCUGAACAUCACCACCUGCCACGACGUCCAGCCCUUGCUGGAGCUGAUCGGGCACUACAAGAUCUACUUCAUCACCCUCUGCUGCGUCCUCUUCUUCCUGCCACUGCUCAUCACUGUGACGUCCUACGCCUGGGUGAUCUGGUCACUGAGCAGGGUCCCGCAUGGGGUGCCGGGGCGCUCGCGCAGAAAAACGAGAGCGGUGGUGAUGGCCGUGACGGUGCUGGUGAUGUUUGUGCUGUGCUUCAUGCCCACAAACUGUCUGCUUCUGACACACUACCUGCAGUUUAACAAGGGGGUCGAGAAGAGCCAGGAGGCCCCCGACGGCUCCUACGCUGCCUAUCUGGUGUUUCUGUGCGUGGGAAGUCUGAACUGCAUCCUGGACCCUCUGGUCUACUACUUUGGAUCAUCCCAGUGUCGGAGGCAACUGGCCCGUGUGCUGGGGUGUAAGAAGAUCACGGAGGACCUCAGCAGCAGCAACAGUCAUUCAUCAUGCAGAUCCAGCCAGAAAGCAAUUCUGAAACCCAGUCGUACAGAAAUCUCCAAAAUCACCACGUCAGACUCGUUGGAUAAAAGCCUCGACAGCCAGUACAAGAAGCUGCUGGUCUGAGAGACAGAGCAGGCUUUAAUCAGACACUCUCACCUGGUAUAUUAAAGUUAAAAACACAAGUAACAAACAGCACAUGAAGAGCACAUCGUCGAGCUCAUCGUCGCUAAAUUCUCUUUCAUGGUUAGGAUGAAGGGAGGAGGGACUGAAGCCAAACCGCCAACAGAAAUGGUGGCAAAUCCUCCGAGUGCGCACUGAACAGACGCGCCUUUUGGGUGAUGAAUGGAGGGAAAAACAAAGCAAGGAAGGAAGUUGAGAUUAGACAAGAAUGAGCUUUCUGGAACGGUUCAGCUGAGCGUUUGAUAAUAUGAAAAGCUUUUGCUUUCGCACUGUAUGUGUUGGUCUAUAAGCUGCAAGUGAAUCUGUAGGUAUUGCAUUUAAUGGAGGGAAUUCAUUUUAUAUAUAUAUAUAUAUUUUAUUUUUAUAUAUACUUUUGCUGUAAAGCGUAUUUUAAAGCACUUAUGUUACACAUUUUAAAGCUGUCAGUCAGCUCUCACUUUGUGCUUUUUACUUUUAAUAUUCACCACUUUUGACCACUUUUGGUCUGUGAAUAAACAUUUUGUCAUUUCACUGUGACGCUGUUAUUCAGAAUGACAGCAAAGUCAGUUUGUAUCAUGCUGCCCCCUGCUGGUGGGGAAUGUGAAGUACUUCAUGUGUAUGUUGUUUUCUCGUCCAGCAGAUGGCGCUACUGCACUUUCAAUAAAAGGUGACCUGAAGGACAAACUCUGA